CGGAAGUCCGCCACAGUUCCGUGUUGUUCUCGGAGCAGCUUCGCCCUUUCCCCUUGGUUUUUAACUUAAAAAACAAAACAAACAAAAAACAAACAAACACUGCCGCCGCUUUGAACCGGCCAUAAAUGACGGGAAUGGAGGAAUACCACAACGGCAACGAGGGCUCCUUCAACUCUGAAGAAGCUGAUGGCAUGGUCAAAGAGUGUAUCGAGAGCGUCGUCGGCGGUGACGACUACAGCCAGAAUCAGGUGAACAAAUGGACCGCCAGCAUCGUGGAGCGCUGCCUCACACAGCUGGUCAAACAGGGGAAACCAUACAAGUACAUCGUGACGUGUGCUGUGAUGCAGAAAACAGGAGCAGGGCUCCACACAGCUAACUCCUGCUACUGGGACACUGCCGUAGACGGAAGCUGCACGGUGAGAUGGGAAAACCGCACCAUGUACUGUGUGGUCAGUGUGUUUGCUGUCACUGUCGCAUAAGACACACACACACACACGCACGCACCCGCACGCACGCACACACAAAUGACCACCAUCGCCAGAAGAGGAAUGCAGUGUCCCCCUGCGAACAGCAGGGGGCCACCAAGAGCCCACAUCCACGCAGCUGAUUGUACACCUCGAAGCUUGACCUUUGACCCCUGAGGAACAGCUGCAGGGAGGAAAACAGCUGGGUUUUCUUCGGCUUUCUCGGCCCUCAGAUGCAUCAGCACCUUGAAGUAUUUACCCUCUCAUGUCACUGCAGUGCUUUAAUUGCUCCACGUUAAUCUCUGUUCGUCACCGAGGCCUGACAGCUGAGUCUUCCUCUGUGUUUCUGUUUUCCGUUUAUUAUCUGCAUCACCGUGGAAGUGAGAGAAAAGAAAGGACUUUUGUACUUUUGGCUGCAGGAAAAUAAACAUGAUCAGAUUUCUGAGCGAGUCAUUUCUUUGAAAUGAAUAAAGGCAGUUGAACAGGC